UUGAGCAGGAAGUUCAGUACUAGCUAUUUCUGUACUUCUGCCAAUUUCACACACUUGUGAUCUCUUGUCACCGAGCCGAACUGAACCGUGCCUGUCUUCCAGCCAGCCAUCACUUUUGGACACUUUGCCGGGAGCCUCUCCCGUCCUACUCCAAUUGUCUGUACCAGUGCCACAUUUUGAAGGCUCCUCCAAAUGAGCUCCAGGAUCAUCAAGGCUUUGUUUUUCCACGGAUUAAAAGUUGUUUAGGGAAUUUCGUAGAAGUUUUAAGAAGGGGAAUCCUCGGAUCCCUGGUCUUCUUGACAGCUGGGCUGUAAAAUACAUUAUAGAGAUGAGCUACACCGAUCGAGCCCCAGACCCUGACCUCUUGGCCAGUUGUCACCCUCAAGACAGCCUUGAAGAUGAAUUGGAUUUCAACAUCCUGUUUGACUAUGAGUGCCACAACUCUUUGGAAGAAGAAUCGACUCCUUCACAUAAAAUCAUCAGCCCAUCUUCUUCUGGAAUUGCGUACUCUCAUCACGAUGUCUCCGAUUAUGGGUCCAAACCUCUGGCUUAUCCUAGGUUAUCCUCAGAUCCCAUGGGCACAUAUGAACAGCACAAUAGUGUAGGGUCCAGGUACCACUUAGACCCUAAAAAUGCUACUGGGGCUCCAGCUCUAAGUCCAAGGAUUGAGAUCACUCCAUCUCAUGAACUGUUUCAUGCAGGUUCAAACCGCAGCAGAGAUUCAGAUACUUUGGUAGAACAUCAGCCAAACUUAGCUGCUACCUUGCAAGUCUAUGGUUAUGAUGGCUACAGAGAACCGCUUUGCUUGAGCCCUGCUAGUAGUGGGUCAUCAACAAGUUAUAUUUCAGAGACAAAUUUCUCUCCUUACACCUCACCUUGCGUUUCACCAAAUAAUGGUCCUAAUGAUGACCUGUGUCCACAGAUACAAAACUUCCCUCGUUAUUCUCCUAGAGCUUCUCCAAUAAUGUCUCCACGGGAAAGCAUCACAGAGGACACCUGCCUGGGACCACGUUCUCCAUCUCCUCGACCCAACUCACGGUCAUCAUCCCCAGGCUUCAAAAGAAGGUACCCUUGUGCUGAGCUCUACAAUAGCCAUCAAACCGGCGUUUCUCCACGACAGUCACGAACACCCUCCCCCCAGGCAUCACCUCGUGUUCAUCUGAGGGACGAUAACUCUUCACUGAGUUACAGUAACCCUUCAGCAUCUGCACAUCUUAUGGAAGACCUGAGCCUAUCUACCGAUCCUACAUGUGGUGUACCAAUAAAAAUGUGGAAAAACAGUCCAGAUCGUUCCCCAGUGGCUCCUCAUAAGAGCAUUCCAUGUCACAUUUAUCAGCCUCCAGAAUAUCUUGGGCCUUACGAGCAUGAUGAGAGGAAGAAUUCUGAUCCUGGGUCAAUCCUACUUGUGCCACCAACCUGGCCAAAGCAAAUUUUGCCUGCAAUGCCCUACUACAGCAUCCCUGUUGCUUCACUGCCUCCCCUUGAGUGGCCUCUGACAAGUCAAGCCGGAUCUUAUGAGCUCCAGUUAGAAGUGCAGCCUAAACCACACCAUCGUGCCCACUAUGAAACAGAGGGUAGCCGUGGAGCGGUGAAAGCUACCACUGGAGGACACCCUAUUGUCCAGCUUCAUGGCUACAUGGAAAACAAGCCUUUGGGACUUCAGACCUUCAUUGGGACAGCAGAUGAAAGGAUCCUGAAGCCACAUGCUUUCUACCAGGUCCACCGUAUUACAGGAAAAACGGUUACUACCACAAGUUAUGAAAAAAUCGUCGGCAACACCAAAGUCCUGGAGCUUCCUCUGGAGCCCAAGAACAAUAUGAGAGCAACAAUUGAUUGUGCUGGGAUACUCAAGCUAAAAAAUGCUGACAUUGAGCUAAGGAAAGGGGAGACUGACAUUGGGAGGAAGAACACUCGAGUGCGACUUGUCUUCAGAGUACACAUUCCAGAAGCCAGUGGGAGGAUUGUCUCUCUGCAGGUAGCAUCCAGCCCUAUAGAAUGCUCUCAACGAUCAGCUCAUGAACUCCCUCUAGUGGAGAGGCAGGAUAUUGACAGUUGUCUUGUAUAUGGAGGGCAGCAGAUGAUUCUCACUGGACAGAAUUUUACAGCUGAAUCCAAAGUUGUAUUCACAGAGAAGACACCUGAUGGCCAGCAAAUUUGGGAGACAGAAGCCACGGUGGAUAAGGACAAAAGUCAGCCUAACAUGCUGUUUGUGGAGGUGCCAGAAUAUCGCAAUAGGCAUAUUAACACUCCAGUGAAAGUGAAUUUCAAUGUUAUAAAUGGAAAAAGAAAAAGAAGCCAGGCACAGCACUUCACCUACUUGCCAGUGCCUUCCAUUAAAACAGAACCUAUUGAUGAGUAUUCUUCCAUAGUUGGGAGCAGCGCACAUACUGGGCUAGGAACAGCACCACAAACCUUCUACUCCCAGCAUCCACUGAGCAGUGAUUCCCCUUCAUGCUUAGUGGCCAACUUGGUCUCCUGUCAACAAGUACGUGCUGGCCUUCCAUCACCUGAUUCACGAUAUCCACAGCAGAGCCCAUCAGCAGCUGUGUACCAAAGAAGCAAAAGCCUUAGUCCCAGUCAACUAAGCUAUCACCAGCCCUCUCUGGUGGCCUCUCAGAUCACAAUUCCAGAUCCUCAUAGAUCAGUCCUUGUUCACACUAGCACUCCAGUCCAGUCUGCAGCCAACCCUCAGCCAUCUCCAGUUAUUCAUUAUUCUCCCACCAACCAUCAGAUGAGAUGUGGAAGCCACCAAGAGUUCCAGCACAUCAUGUGCUCUGACUUCACAUCCAGUCUUACACGACCAACACAGGCGCAAACAAUAAGUCCCACCAACUAUCCCACGGUAAUCCAGCAGCAGUCCAAUAGCCAGCGGUCUCCUAAGAGUGGUCCUCCAGCCACAGAACAGAAGGAAAUCUUACCGUCAGGAGUCACUGUUAAACAAGAGCAGAACCUGGAUCAGGCUUACCUGGACGAUGAACUGAUAGAUACAAACCUUAGCUGGAUACAAAACAUUAUAUGAGGCCGAGGUCAGUGGUCUCUGAGGCAAGAAUUGAAAGUAAAAGUUAAUGAAAUUAUCAGGAAGGAGUUUUCGAAGCUGCCUGCUAGAAAUCAAACAUAGAAGAGCGAGGCCGCCAGGACCUUUCUUACUGAACGCUUCCUUCCCUGACCUCUGCGAUCCUCCCGCCUCAUGCACCCCACCUUCUGUUUCCUCUCCGUCCACUGCAAGUUGCCGAUUCCAGCACCACCAACAAUAUCCUGGCACCGAGCUCCGCCGCUCUUCUGGAAACAUCAAAGCCAUAAGACUCAUUGUCCUGUCAUAAGACGUGUAUCCCAGGACUGAUGACGGGGGAGAUAUAUAGGAUGGUGAGAUGGGAAGAUGUGAGGAGAACAAUCACUCAAGGUGACAACUGUUAGUCGCAAGACAAAUGGCGCAUACAUAGUGUCCGCGACUGAAGUGGUGCAGUGCUCAGGAUGUUCUGAAGGACUUACAAGAGCGCACAACAAGUCUAAAUCCAACCCACACAGCCUAAGAGGAGGCCGCUGUGUGGAUCUCCUGCCAUAGAGGCCUACUGCUGGGGAGCCGCACUGUGUGCAGUACAAUCUGCUUAUCUUACAUUACUCUCAGUCAUACUUAAGAGUGUAUUAGACAGCCCGAUUUAACAGGCGAUUGUCGGGAGGGAAGCGUUCCUUCCCGGUAAUUGUCUGUUCGCUAGUGGAGGAGAUCACUGCUAUUACAUGCAGCGAUCUCCU